AGAGUACAUGUUCGUUUGUAAUGCGCUAGACAUAGAGAUCACUUCCUAUGCCAUAAAGGACGACGGAUUAUACACCAGACUUUAGCAUGAGAUGUGUGAAGGUGCUCUUCCUUCUCCUCCUUUCUGUCUUUAGAUCUUGUACGUGUAUAUUCGACCUCAAGGAGUACCUUUUCCCGGCAGAGACUCAGCUCGUAAACUACCAGGAGCCAAGCACGGCGACGGAGCUGAUCCACCUGAAGACAAGAGACGACUCCGAGACCUUUGAGACCUACAGCUACAGGCGCUUUCGCUUUAGCAUUUACAUUAGAGGCGUAGGGGACGACAGAGAAUGGACUCUAUUCGGCAAAUACGUGACCUCGGGUCACAACCUAUUCUCGUUCGGGAGGCUCAACAGCUUCUCUGAGCAGGCGUCAAAGCUUGAGGAGAUUGACUAUGACCGCGUCGCAUUUCGUCUCUGCAGGCGCUACAAUGAAGGGUUCUCUGAACUCAUAUUGGACAGAGAGGAUGUAAAGGCGCUAUAUACCACCAGUUGUUUUUUGGCAGUUCACUGCGGUUUGUACGCGCAACCGUACGCUCUCUCAUUCUUUUGCAAACCGGAAAGAGAAGCCGAGCAAUUUGGACCGCUUAGAGAAGUUUGGGAACACUUGAAACUCUUCUUCCAAAAAGAAGGCGGUCUGGUUGUCAGGGAGUUUGACAGACAAAUUGUCAAGAUCUUUGUCCCCUGCCCAGAACAAAAGACAGUACUUUUUCGGUCCGGGAGGAGCUACCCACUUCCACUGCAUGAAGAACCGAUGAAGGACUUGCCCUUGAUUCCAGACUCGUUUUAUCACGUCGUCUACUUUAUUAUCGCAGUGGCAUACGCAGCAGAUAUCCUUCUCUGACAGAUACAAGAGUACAUUUAUCGACAGUUAUGCAAAAUAAAGACUAACGGGGAGCCUGUAAGGCGCGGUCGGCAUCCACCCAUAGACGGCGUCAAUUCUUUGAGAUUUGAGCCAUCAGUCUACAAGAAAUUUGGCAUAAAUAUCGCCAUU